AUGUCCUACAACACCAACACACAAUAGAAUUUUUUAAACAAAUAUUCUCGUUUAUCCCAAAACUCAAAUGAAUGGAAUUAAAUUGAAUAUGAUCUACAACUCGGCUUAGGUUCCACAACAGCCCUAGUAAAGCAUAUUUGGAGUAUUUCUAAUCCUAAACUAACAUUCGAAUUUGACAAAAACAACAAAAAUUUAUUAAUACUAGAUUCUUAUAUAGAGACUUGUAAACUAAAAGAAAACACCAGUUUAUAGAAAAUAUGUUAAAAAGGCUUUGAGUUUUCAAAUAAAGACACUGGUUUAAUAUUUCCUACAGGCCAUAUAUAACUAUCCGAUAAUAACAAAAAUAAAUCCUAUGAAGUUUUAAUGCUAAAAAUUGCAUCAGGUAAAUCUUAUUGUGUGCCUUUUAAAAAUGGGGAUUAUUAGAAAAGUUUAAAUUAUACACUUCCGGCAGAUUUCGAUAGUAUUUACCUAUAUGACGAAGACGAAGACCGAAACAGUGGUAUCUUCCGCCAUAAAUACAUUCUUUUCAAGAACGAAUAAAUCCUUCCCAUGUACAUCAUACAAUUCGAAUUUAAUGAGGAAAAAGAGAAGCAACUAAAUCCUCCUUAAUGUGAUGUUUGUGAAGAUAACGAAGAUAAACUCUUUUGUAAACAAGAUGAGGCAAAUUUAUGUUAUAAUUGUGAUGAAGAAUGCCAUUUAAAAGGCGGAAAGUUGGCUAACAAACAUAUUAGGAUAAAAAUUUAAUAAAAACCAAAAAGUUUUGGAUUAUGUAUGAACCAUUAGGAUACUAAUAUAGAACUUUAUUGCACUGAUAUAUUAUCACCUUCUGAUUAUUUAAAUUCUUGGUCGAGACAUAGUGCAAUGAGGAAUAGAAUAUUAUCUUAAUCUAAAAAAGAUUUUCUUUCUGAUGUUUAACCAGAUUUGAGGCUUAUUCACGCAAACAUACAAAUUAGUUCAGAUCAAAAAUUAGAAGAUUAUGAUAAUGAUUAAUAAUAGAAUUAAUUUUACUAAGAUUAAUCUUAAAAUAAUAUUGAAAAAUAAGGUUUAUUGCCUGAAGAUACAUCGCCAAAAAGAUUCAGGAAUUAAAUGGGAAGUGUAACAAAUAUUUUAGAAGGUUAAACUUCAAGAUAAACUGAAGAAAAUAUUUGA